UUCCGUAACUCCGCCUCCUGCUUAGACUGCGAGGUUGUCAGGGGCAACUGUGGUAGACGCUCUGUGCACACACGGCAGCUACAAGACAAUACAAGAAGUAACGGUCGAUGUCUUUAGCUCUUUCCGGUUUUAACAAGGAGAUAUACUGGGGACAUGGCGGUGUAUUUUGACCACCGUAUUGAAGCCCCUGAAAACAGUGUUGUGCCCUGUCACUUGACCUGGCACUCGGCUCUUCCUGUGCUGGCUGUGGCAUCAAGCAGCCCUGCCACUGGAGGCAAUGUUGACCUCUAUCUGCAGCAGGGAGAGCAUGUGGAAAGCUGCCAUGUGGAACGUCCUCAUCUGCCCAUAGUGCUGUGCUGGCAUCCCACAAAGCCUGUAUUAGCAGUCGGCUGGGAGAAUGGUGAGGUGGUGCUGCUCACACACCCCUCUGGAGAUCAGACGGUCCUGCCCAGCAUACAUACAUCUUGCAUCACGCUGCUGGAGUGGAGUAGCUCGGGUAGCCGCUUGGUCACUGGUGAUCUGACUGGAACUUUGGCAGUAUGGAAGGUAGAUGCCAGAGGGAGACUUCAAGGAAACCAUCUAGUAAAGCAUGACUAUAACAAACCUCUAACUUGCUGUAUCUUCAAGCCUGCCUCACCUGGGGAUGAUGUAGCAAUGCUAGCUCGAGCAUCAGUGAGUGGAGAUGAAAGUGCUCUGGACAUGUUCAGCUGGAAGGGAGCCCCUCUGAAGAUGGGCCCACAGGAGGGACUUGCUUUCUAUGUUAGCACCGCAGAUGGCAAAGUACAUUGCGUGGAUGAACACUGUAAGACCAGUACCCUUCUUAGUGUGGAGGGCUCCAUCAAGAAACUCUUCUAUAUUGAGAAGAGAGAGGCCCUUGCAGUCAUCACAGAGACCCUCAUGCUGUCACAGUACACUCUAGGAUCUGACGGUGGAGCCACAGAGUUUAUGAAGGUUAAAUUGAGCAGCAAGUCUGGGCAGAACGUGGACAUUGUCUGGACAGAGAACAGCCUCCUCAUCACAGCGACAGGAGAGCACAUUGCCAGGCUGUGGGACCUGGAGAGAGAUGACAACUAUGUUUUGCCUCUUGACGAGACUCUGGGGUUUGAGAGGGGAGAGAUGAUCAACUGUGUUUCAUACUGUGCAGGAAAAGAAAUACUAGCAGCUGGUACCACCCAUGGGCGCAUAGCAAUGUGGAGGAUGGUGGUGAAGCCAGGCAGCAGCAGAGGUGACAACAAGGCCGAGUGGAAGCUACAAACGCCCACUGAAAUAGAGGGAAAUGUCACUCAGCUGCAGUGGGGCUCCACUCUGAAUCUACUGGCAGCAAACAAUUCCAACACAGUGCUGAUUCUGUGUGAGCAUGUGAUGUCAGCCCACUUCAGCCAGCAGGUGGCAGCAGUGCAGCUUACCCCAGUGCAGCUCAGCAUCACUCAGUUCAGCACAGGACUGCACCUAGCUCUGCAGUCAGAAAUACAUAUCAAGGGAGUGUGUGUCACUAAGGACUCAGUGACAGUGUGGAACGGCAAGCAAGUCAUUGUGUACGAACUUUCAGGGACAAUUCUACGCAAUACGGGAUCCUUUCCGUGUGAUUCCCAUGUGGUAGCUGUACAUGGAGAGAACCUCUACACUGUGGAACCAAACAGAGUUCAAAUCCGUACACCACAGGGCACAGUGAAGCAACUUCUGACCUUUUCCAAGGCAGAGGGAAACCCUGUGCUGCUCAGUGUGUGUCAGUCCUACCUGGUGGUAGGCACAGACACGGCACACAUCAGAGUGUUCGACCUCUCCAGAAGAGAUGCCAAAGCUCACUGCAGUGCUAAGAACCUGGCUGACCAGAUUGCCAAUCUGGGAGCCCUGAGGUCUGUCAAAUGUAACGCCAACGGCAGCCAAGUCAGCAUGUUAAUCUCUCAGGUUAAUGGGCGACCUGAUCACAAAGUGUACUUUUAUGAUGUUGAGAUGGACACUGUGACACAUUUUGACUUCUUCACUGGCAGACCAUCCAGUGGUAUCUCUCAGCCAGAAGAAAGUGAAAAGCAUCAGUUUCAGGGAGCAGAGCUCAUAGGUCGCUGUCCUGUAUCUCACUUCUGGGAUGAGAGCGAACCUCGUCUUUUUGUUUGUGAAACGGUGCCAAUCAGCUCUGAAUCCUCUUCAAGUAGCUACAUGGAUCGGGCUGAUGUGUCAGUGGUGACACUCUUCUGUACACAGGAGCAUGGGCUCCUCCUCCAAGACUGUUACCCCAAACCUCCAGGCCUACAAGCUCUCCUCGCUCUGGAUGUGCCCUACUGUUGUUUUAGCUGCAAGCCAGGUGAGAAGGAUCCGGGGUUACCAGAGGUUCCACCACCUUCACAGACAUCAAAAGGAGCGACUGCUCAGUUCCCUCAUAUGGUGUCCAGGCGACCUCUCAGAGACUUUGUGGGACUGGAGAACUGUGAGAAGGCAACGCGCGAUGCAAUGCUCAACUUCAGCUUCUACCUGACUAUCGGUGACAUGGAUGAAGCCUUCAAGUCCAUCAAGCUCAUCAAGAGUAAAGCGGUAUGGGAAAACAUGGCCCGGAUGUGUGUGAAAACUCGGCGGCUGGAUGUGGCACGCGUGUGCCUUGGGAAUAUGGGAAAUGCCAGAGCAGCAAAAGCACUGAAGGAGGUGGAGGCUGAACCUGAACCAGAGGCCCAAGUGGCCAUGUUGGCCAUUCAGCUCGGCUUGCUGGAAGAUGCAGAGAAAUUGUACAAGAGCUGUCAGCGCUAUGACCUGCUGAACAAUUUCUACCAGGCUUCUGGCCAGUGGCAUCAAGCUCUGGACACAGCGGAAAUCCAUGAUCGCAUCCACCUGCGCACCACCUACUACAGUUAUGCCAAAUACCUGGAGUCCAUGGGAGACAAGCAACAGGCACUCACUUAUUACGAGAAAUCAGACACGCACAGGGUUGAAGUGCCCAGAAUGCUCCAGGAUGACACCUCAUCUCUAGAGUUUUAUGUUCACAAAAUGAAAGACAAGAACAUCUAUAAGUGGUGGGCGCAGUACCUGGAGAGCCAGUCUGACAUGGGUUCAGCGCUACGUUUCUAUGAGCUCGCUCAGGAUUACCUCUCCCUGGUUCGAGUCCACUGCUACAUGGGGAACAUUCAGAAGGCAUCUGAGAUAGCCAAUGACACAGGUGACCGAGCAGCAUCGUACCACCUGGCCAGACAUUAUGAGGGCCAUGAUGAUAUCAAGCAAGCAGUCCACUUCUACACACGAGCCCAGGCCUACAACAACGCCAUACGACUUUGUAAGGAGAACAGUCUGGAUGACCAGCUGAUGAACUUGGCUCUGCUCAGUAAUCCAGAAGACAUGAUGGAGGCCGCCUGUUACUAUGAGGAGAAAGGAACUCACAUGGACAGAGCUGUGGCGCUCUACCACAAGGCCGGUUAUGUGUCGAAAGCUCUAGAGCUGGCCUUUGCCACCCAACAGUUCUCUGCCCUUCAGCUGAUUGCAGAGGAUCUGAAUGAGAACUCGGAUCCGGCCCUCCUCGCUCGCUGCUCUGACUUCUUCAUCACACAUUCCCAGUAUGAGAAGUCUGUGGAUUUACUGGUGGCAGCAAAGAAGUACCAUCAAGCGCUGGAGCUGUGUCUGGCCCAGAACCUCACUAUCACAGAGGAUCUGGCUGAGAGAAUGACUAUAACUGAUUCAAAGGACUUGUCUGAAGAGGCCCGCAAGGAGCUGCUGGAGAAGAUCGCUGACUGCUGCAUGCGUCAGGGCAAUUAUCACCUGGCCACCAAGAAAUACACACAGGCAGGCAGCAAACUCAAGGCAAUGAGGGCCCUUCUCAAGUCAGGCGACACAGAGAAAAUAAUAUUCUUUGCUAAUGUUUGCCGUCAGAAGGAGCUUUUCAUCAUGGCUGCCAACUACCUCCAGUCUCUGGACUGGCGGAAAAAUCCAGAAAUCUUAAAGACGAUCAUUGGUUUCUACACUAAAGGCAGGGCACCAGAGCUGCUGGCUGGCUUCUAUGAAGCUUGUGCUCAGGUGGAGAUCGAUGAUUACCAGAACUAUGAAAAGGCUCUGGAUGCACUGACGGAGGCGUCCAAGUGUCUCUCAAAAUCAAAGGAGGCUUCAGCUGGACAACACGAAGCGAGGCUGGCUGACCUGCAGCAUAAAGUCACACUGAUAAGGAAGUUUGUCCACAUACGCAGAUUGUAUGCUGAGGAUCCUCGUGAGGCGGCCCAGUUGUGUGAAGCCCUGCUGGAGGAGCCAGAGUUGGACCCUGCUGUCAGGAUCGGAGAUGCGUUUGGUUUCCUCAUCGAGCACCAUUGUCAGCAAGGCAACUUUCAAGUGGCCUCCCGUAAGCUGGAGGAGCUGCAGAGGAUGCUGCCAUCACAGAAUGUUAGGUACUACAUCAGCCAGGCCAGCCUAGAGGCCCUGCAGGAGGAGAUGGGUAUAUCAGUGGGUCGUGGUGACGGCAGACUCAAUAUGAAGGAGGAUGAUGAAGUGGAGGAGGACUUAAAUUUGUCUGAAGCAUGACAUUUGGUGAUACAGAGCACACCAAUGUUUUUUGCAAUAAUAGACAAUUUCCUAUCAGUCAGUGGAGUAUUGUAGAAAAAUGACAAAAAAUGAAAGGAAAAAGCUCCACCAAAAUCACAUGAUGGUACUUCAAAUGACCCAAACUCAUGAAUUUUAUACGGACGUCUCUUGGGAAUUUCAAGUUGAAAGUAGGCUGGAUGAAAGGUGUCCAUCCUGUGGACCUUUGAUCCACUGAGGAUCAAAGUGGGUGGAGUCUGGCUAUGGGCGGAGCCUGUUGAAGUGACAAUCAAGUAUGUGAUGACGUUACUUGAUGACAGCCUAGCCUUAACCAGCCAUAUGCCCUAAUACUCUAUACACUGUGUAUAUAUAUAUAUAUAUAUAUAUAUAUAUAUAUUGUGUGUGCGCGUGUGUGUAAAUGCAAGACAUAUGCUUGCACUUUUGUUUUUGUAUGAAUGACUGUACAUUAUUAAUAGUGCUAUAUUAAAACUCUUUGAAAACA